AUGUCUUCACACGAUGGAACACGCUCUGCCCGACAAUCAAAGAGAUAUUCUAUGACCACAUUAUAUCUUUCCAUGUCUGCGAAUGAGAAGGAUCUGGAAAUUGAGGAUGAUCUUGCGAAAGGUGAGGAUUUUGGCGCAAUUGCCAGCCACCUGGAAGAUGCGACCGAUCUACAAGAAGGGUUCUUCCCAAAUGAUGAAAAGACACAGAAAUAUGGCAAUCUUUUGUUCCUGCUUCAAUCAGAACCUCGUCACAUAGCUCACCUCUGCCGUCUGGUCACUAUGGCCGAGAUUGAUUCCCUACUACAGACAGUCAUGUUCACAAUUUAUGGAAAUCAAUACGAGAGUCGUGAGGAGCAUCUUCUUUUGACCAUGUUUCAAUCUGUCUUGACGUAUCAAUUCGAUAACACCCCUGAAUAUUCUUCCCUCCUCCGAGCGAACACACCAGUAUCCCGCAUGAUGACUACAUACACUAGAAGAGGGCCGGGCCAAAGCUAUUUGAAGACGGUCUUGGCAGACAGAAUCAAUGGACUCAUCGAGCUGAAGGAUCUUGACUUGGAGAUCAAUCCCCUCAAAGUUUACGAAACAAUGAUUGCACAGAUUGAGCUGGAGACAGGAGGACUUCCAGCUUCCCUGCCCAGAGGAGUAACCGCAGAGGAGGCAGCAGAUAACACACAGGUCCAGGCUAUUAUCGAACCAAGGUUAACAAUGCUUAUGGAGAUCGCAAAUGGAUUUCUCACCACAAUUAUCGAUGGAUUGGAGGAAACACCAUACGGGAUUCGUUGGAUCUGCAAACAAAUUCGAAGCCUCACAAAGAGAAAGUAUCCGGAUGCCAAUGACCAAGUGAUCUGCACACUUAUUGGAGGUUUUUUCUUCUUGCGAUUCAUCAACCCCGCUAUUGUCACCCCUAAAUCAUAUAUGCUCAUCGAUGGAACUCCAGCCGACCGACCACGACGUACCUUGACCUUGAUUGCUAAGAUGCUUCAAAAUCUGGCCAACAAACCCUCAUAUGCCAAGGAACCAUACAUGGCCAAACUUCAACCAUUCAUUCAACACAACAAGGAACGAGUCAACAAAUUUAUGCUUGACCUAUGUGAAGUUCAGGAUUUUUACGAAAGUUUGGAAAUGGACAACUAUGUAGCACUAUCAAAGAAGGAUUUGGAGCUAUCAAUUACCCUCAACGAAGUUUAUGCUACUCACGCUUUACUCGACAAACACACUGCCGAACUCAACAAGGAUGAGAACUCACAUUUGGCUGUGAUCUUGGCAGAUUUAGGGCCGGCCCCAGCACAACUACCUAGAAAGGACAACAGAGCAAUCAAUCUGCCACUCUUCAGCAAGUGGGAAACAGCGAUUGAUGAUCUCACGGCUGCACUUGAUAUAACCCAAGAAGAGGUUUUCUUCAUGGAGGCUAAAUCAACAUUUGUCCAAAUCAUGCGAUCGAUUCCAAGUAACAGUGCUGUGGCGCGAAGACCACUUCGUCUCGAGCGGGUUGCUGAUGCAGCGGGUCAGUAUCGCAACGAUGCUGUUAUGGUGCGGAAAGGUAUUCGGGCAAUGGAACUGUUGAGCCAGUUGCAAGAGUUGGGAGUCAUCGACAAAUCGGAUCAGUUCAGUCUUUUGCGGGAUGAAGUCGAGCAGGAACUUCAACAUCUUGGGUCACUAAAAGAUGGGGUUAUUCUUGAAACGCAAAAACUCGACCAGGUCUUCAAGACCAUUCGCGAUCACAACACUUAUCUUGUCGGUCAACUGGAAACGUACAAGAGUUACUUACACAAUGUUCGCAGUCAAAGCGAAGGAACCAAGCGAAAGCAACAAAAGCACCAAGUCUUGGGGCCAUACAAAUUUACGCAUGGGGAGUUGGAGAAGCAAGGAGUUAUUCAGAAGAGUAACGUACCUGACAACAGAAGAGCCAACAUCUACUUCAACUUCACAAGUCCUUUACCCGGAACUUUCGUCAUUUCGUUGCAUUACAAAGGACGAAAUCGUGGUCUCUUGGAGCUUGAUCUCAAACUCGAUGACUUGCUCGAGAUGCAAAAGGAUAAUCAAGAAGAUCUUGACCUUGAGUAUGUGCAAUUCAACGUACCAAAGGUUCUCGCUCUCCUGAACAAGCGUUUCGCCAGAAAGAAAGGAUGGUAG